GUUACGAGACUUUCCGAAUGAUGAAGUGAGAGCUCCUCGCACCACGGAUACUAACCGAGGCCAGAAACGGGAAGUAGGCAAGAUGGCAGCGAUAGACAAAGUUAAAGUUGUAGUGGUCGGCGAUUCUGGUGUGGGUAAAACAUCACUAGUCCAUCUGAUCUGUCACAAUGAACCACAAUCAAACCCCUCUGCAACAAUUGGCUGCUCAGUGGAAGUAAAGCUUCAUGAGUAUAGAGCGGGACUGCCCAAUGAGAAGACGUACUUUGUAGAACUGUGGGACAUCGGGGGGUCUGCCAGUCACCAGAACAGCCGAUCCAUCUUCUAUAACUCAGUAAACGGCAUUAUUCUGGUCCAUGACUUGACAAACAGGAAGUCCCAUCAGAACAUCAGGAAGUGGCUGGCGGAGGUCCUCAACCGGGACUCAUCACAGAAAGGCAACGGAACUUAUUUCAGGUAUGAGUUUGACCCUGAGCAGUUUGCAGGGAACCAGAUCCCUAUCCUGGUGGUGGGCAGCAAGGCCGACCUGGCCCAGAGCCUCCGCGAGGACACACGCACUUACGAUAAAUACUCCUCCAUAGCCGAGGAAUGUGGCGCUGAUGAGCUGAACCUGGAUUGUAUGCAAGUCAAAUAUUUAGCCCCAGCCACAACCAAUGCAGUGAAGCUGACCAAAUUUUUUGAUAGGACGAUCGAGCGGCGUGCCGGCAAUCAGGUCAGUGGUAACCGCGCUGCCUAUGACUUUGCUGAGUGAUACAUUCAAUCUCGUUAACCAGUAACAGGCCAUAUAAGUCCAAAUCAGGAUCGAAGACGGUUUUGGAAAAAUUCCCAUGUGGACUGAGAGCUCAUCAUACCAAUAAUAAGACUUUAUCAGUGUUAGGAGCAGAGACAGUGUCUACUCCAGUCUGUACAUUCAGGAGUGAUGAAGUCAGCUCGGACCAGCAGACAAUGUCUACUCCGGUCUGUACUUGGAGGAGUGAUGAAGUCAGCUCGGACCAGCAGACAGUGUCUACUCCGGUCUGUACAUUCAGGAGUGAUGAAGUCACCAGCAGACAGUGUCUACUCCGGUCUGUACUUGGAGGAGUGAUGAAGUCAGCUCGGACCAGCAGACAGUGUCUACUCCGGUCUGUACUUGGAGGAGUGAUGAAGUCAGCUCGGACCAGCAGACAGUGUCUACUCCGGUCUGUACUUGGAGGAGUGAUGAAGUCAGCUCGGACCAGCAGACAGUGUCUACUCCGGUCUGUACAUGCAGGAGUGAUGAAGUCAGCUCGGUCAAGCAGACAGUGUCUACUCCGGUCUGUACUUGGAGGAGUGAUAAGUCAGCUCGGACCAGCAGACAGUGUCUACUCCGGUCUGUACAUUCAGGAGUGAUGAAGUCAGCUCGGUCCAGCAAACUUGUCCUGAAUGACAACAUUCCUCAUAUCCUCUGUGACACUGAAUGGAAUAUGUCAUACAGCAUUCUGUGUGAACCGUCCCCAUUAGCUGUGUCCCCCUCAGUGUCACACAGAAGCCUGCUCAAGACAGAGUGAUCAGUUCCAAUGCUUCAUAGGUCUGGGAACAACACUCGUUUACUUAUCCUCAUCUGUUGGUGAAACAGCAACAUUGCACAGUUGUUUCAAACAUCAAUUUGAAAUUGUUAUGUUUCAAUCAAAAACAUCAUGAUGUAUUUAUUUCAUCAAUAAAUAUUUUAUUGUUCAUGGAA